AAAAAAUUCAUCUCUGUGUGACUGGAAUUGGUAAUCAUUCUUUUUCUUGAAAUACCAUAGCCCCAACGGCAACAGUUACAGCUACCCGAAACAUCGUUCUCGCCAGCCCAUUCGGCUAGCCUUUCGAUAGGUGUGCGGAUGGCGGGUUGAAAUCGGUGACGACUACUCAAUCGAGCUUCCCAUAUCCGAUAACUUAUGGCCAGGCAAAGGCCUUCCGCCAACCGCCAGGACCCUCUCGAGGAUUAUCCCGACUCCCCCGCAGGCACUUCCACGGCCUCUUCUUCCCUGAGAAUAACUCGCUCCUCCGCGAGACUCGCCACCGACCCUCCACCUGCUGAGUCCGGUACACCGCUACCAACGGCCGGCUCAACCUCGUCCCGGAAACGCAAGGCAUCGUCCCGCCACGACCGACAAGUAGACGCCCCGAUACAGCCAACACCGCCGUCGCCCCAAAGGAGAACCAAGCGACCGCGGACUGCAGCAUCCCAAACAGCUCCAUCCACUGGUCCUGUUCCUGCUGCACCCCGUCGAGGCGCCCGCAGCCGUCCAGCCAUGUCACAACCGGGACCGUCAUCUCGACCGUCGGAGGAAUCAUCCAAAUCGACGACAUCCCCACAACCAUCGAGGCGAAAGUCCAGUCGGAACGAUCGACCCGCCACAACACAGUCUCCACCACCCCGACGCUCGAAGAAGCGCUCCGCCAAACCAAAUCCCGAUGUUGUGAUGCGAGAUGCAGAGGAGGAAAUCGAGCAGGAGGAGCACGAGGAAGAACACCAAGGAUCCCAAACGGGCGAGAGCAACGAUGGCACCAACCCCUCGGCGUUUGAUGAUGAUGAUAUGGAUCCGUUCCACAGCAGCCUGUUCGGCGGCCGAGGCCCCAUGGGACUUCAGAGCACUCUACGCGCGCUGACUGGCAUGAUGAGUGGCAUGUCCUCACGUCUUCGGGAUAUCCUCUCCAACCUGAGGGCAAAAGAUGAUCCAUCUCUCCAACUGAUUGCCCUACAAGAGCUUUCGGAUCUCCUGCUUGUUUCAAACGAGGAUAACCUCUCCGGUCAAUUUUCACCUGACCCAUACGUGAAGGAGUUGGUGGCUCUGAUGCAACCGAAUCAGUUCGGCGAAGAGAAUCCCGAGAUUAUGCUUCUUGCAUGUCGCUCUCUCGCAAACCUAAUGGAAGCUCUGCGGGGCUCCGUGGCGAAUGUUGUAUAUGGUGGUGCUGUACCCAUCCUUUGUCAAAAGCUGCUUGAUAUACAGUUCAUCGAUUUGGCUGAGCAGGCUUUAAGUACCUUGGCCAAGAUUUCAGUCGACUUCCCAGCCUCAAUUGUGCGGGAAGGUGGAUUAACCGCUUGCCUCACAUAUCUGGAUUUCUUUCCCACUAGCACUCAACGCACAGCAGUCAGUACGGCUGCCAACUGCUGUCGCAAUCUUCCUCAUGACUCCUUCCCUGUGGUGCGGGAUGUAAUGCCCACCCUACUGAACGUCUUGGCUAGCAAUGAUCCCAAGGUCGUGGAGCAAGGGUGUUUAUGCGUAUCACGGAUUGUCGAGAGCUUCAAGCACCGACCUGAAAACUUGGAGGAGCUCAUCGAGCCUGCAAUGCUCAAAGCUGUCCUUCGUCUCCUACUCCCAGGCACGACCAAUCUGAUCGGGCCUCAUAUCCACACGCAAUUCCUUAGAGUGCUGGCAAUUGUAUCGAAAACAAGCCCACGAUUGUCAAACGAGCUUCUCAAGAUGGAUGUAGUGGAUACCCUUUAUCAAAUUUUGACCGGCGUGUCACCACCACAGGAUGUGGAUAACACGGCCGUCAAGAUGGACAGCGUGCUAGUUAUGCAAGCAUUGAUUCAUCGGCCCCGUGAACAAGUAUUUGAAACUCUCAAUGUCAUCUGCGAGCUACUACCAGGUGUUCCAAGCCGCGAUGCCUCAAAGACAGACAAUCUGUUAAGCUCAUACUUUGAUAGCCACAUGUCUAUCGGACUGAGAUCCCCCAAAUCUAAAGAGACAGUGGAGGAGAGGCGGUCCUUGCUCGACAACUGCAAGACUGAGCUUAAGCGUUUUGCCAUGAUUCUGUUCCCAACUUUGACAGAUGCCUACUCGAGCACAGUCAAUCUGCAUGUACGCCAGAAAGUUCUGAUUGCACAGCUGAAAAUGCUGCACAUUCUGGAGCCUUCUUUGAUUGAGGACGCCCUGCGCACAGUUCCUUAUGCUUCAUUCCUGGCUUCUAUUCUCUCACAGAAAGACCACCCUUCUCUCGUAUCUUUGGCUUUACGCUGCGCAGAAUUACUGUUCCAGCGGCUCGAACACGUCUAUCAGCAUCAAUUCCACCGCGAAGGAAUCCAUCAAGCGGCCCCAGCCAAAUUGCCGGGGAGACUGGGGGGGGAUGAUGAGGAUGACGACGAUGAAGCUGAUGACUACGACGAUGAGGAUGGCGAGGACGAUGACCAUGAUGACAUGUCUGAUUCUGAGGAUGACUUCAUGGCGGGCCCACGCAGUCUACAAAAGAUGGACAAUGCCCUCAACGACGUAGUUAUUCGAGAUGCUCAAGCUUUCCUUGAGGUAUAUGAAGCAAGCCAUGGCGAAACUGUUCGAGCAGAGGCUCUGAGGAUCUUGACUGCAUUGAAAUCUCUCGCCUUCGAAACCAAGUCACGCUAUUCCCGUGGUGGCGAGGGUGGUCUUCUCUUAUUUAAACAGCUCGCGUCAUACUUUGACGGAGACGCCUUGGAAAGCAUUACAAGCUCUGAAUUGCUCAACUCCGGCAUCAUCGAGGUUCUUCUGAGUGUUCUUGGCAACUUCCAAGCACCUUCUAUUCGCGAUGCUAGAGCUGACUUCUUGCGCGCGUUUAUGGGUGUUUCAAUCUCAGACAAGGCUCAAAGCCAAAGCACCGCCACAACACCUUUCAGCGUACUUAUCCGCAAGUUGCAAGACUUGCUCAGCAGGACGGAACAUUUCGAGGUCCUCACUGUCAGCCACAAUUCGCUUGAGAAUACCCGCAGCAAUGCCGCCUACAUGCUGAGCAAACAGCUCCGACUCAAGCUUGUUGCCGAUGAAGGGUCUGAAGUUCCUCGUCCUUAUCGAAACAUCAUGGUAUCAAUCCAUGCUAUUGCUACCUUCAAGGCCUUGGAUGACUUCCUCCACCCCCGAAUCGCCGUGGCGGAAAAGCCUCGCUCCUCGCGGACCAGGGACUCGAUUCUCUCCCAAAUUGCCAAUGCAUCCCGACUCCGUGAACAGCUGGCUUCUGGGUCUGGCAUGAACCUCCCAAGUCAUACAGGGGCCCCGCAUGGUACUGCUGCCGAUCCUGCGGAUGGCGCCUAUGAUCCCUCAAGUGGUCACCCGCACCAUCAGUCAAAUCGGGUCCAAGAGGAUGAAGACGAAGACCAAGAUGAGCCCCUUGAGUGCGCAGAUGAAAGGCAAUUGACUGACGAAGAAGACGGCGGCGAGGAAGAUGAGGACGAACAACUCAACGCCAUUGUUGAUGAUCUCGAUGAGGAUAUGGAAAACGACAAUAUCUCUGACCCCUCGGCAGUCAAUAUGGAGGUGGCGUCAUCAGGUAAGGUCACAGCUCGCAAGGAGGAUGGUACCCGGGUUGGCACUCCCUCCCAGACAGCUACAUCAAAACCUUCAUCAUCAGCACCUGCUGCUUCUCUCCCCAACCGCAUGCGCAAUAGCUCUCUCGCCUCUGCCGGGCGCCCGUUCUCAUCUUAUGCUGCUGCGAUGGCCUCGGUGCCCCAGGACUGGCACCUUGAGUUCUUCGUAGAUGGCAAGCCCGUUACCAAUGAGACAACUAUCUACCGUGGUGUUCAUCACGACCGUGAGAACUUGGAUGAGACUAGUGCCAAGAACGUCUGGUCGGCAGUCCACACCAUCACAUUUAAGCGCGUUCCUGGUCCUCCACCUCCAGAGCCUUCGACCCUCACAUCUACCACCCAGGCUUCUUCUGAGGGUGAUGCCCUUGAGAUUCCAGCCUCUCUCGACAAAGACCCCACAACUUCAUCCAUCAUUCGCCUGCUUCGUGUUUUGCACGAAAUGAACGCAACGAUUGAUGAUAUCUUGACCGACAGCAAAGACUCUGCCACCAUCACAUCAGAGCCCUUGGCCCAAUUCAUAAACACGAAGCUCACCGCCAAAAUCAACCGCCAACUCGAGGAGCCAUUAAUUGUGGCAAGCGAUUGCCUUCCAAGUUGGAGCGAAGACCUAGCCAGGCUUUUCUCCUUCUUGUUCCCAUUCGAGACACGGCAUCUAUUCUUGCAGUCUACUGCAUUUGGCUACUCACGUGCGAUGAUGAGAUGGCAAAAUUCUCAGAGUGGUGAGGAUAGCCGACGGGACCUGCGCCGCGAUGAUCGUCCAUUCCUUGGGCGGUUGCAACGCCAAAAAGUGCGCAUCUCUCGUUCUCGCAUACUUGAUUCUGCAUUGAAGGUCAUGGAACUCUAUGGGUCUUCCCCGAGCAUUCUCGAGGUUGAAUACUUUGAAGAAGUUGGUACAGGAUUAGGGCCGACUCUUGAAUUCUACUCGACUGUCUCCAGAGAGUUCUCGAAGAAGAAGCUUAAGAUCUGGAGAGACACGGACGGAAGCUCUACUGCAGAAUACGCAUUUGGCAAGCGCGGCCUGUUCCCAGCACCGAUGAGUGAUGAGCAAGCAGACCAGGAUAUUGGGAAGAAGCAAUUGAAUAUCUUUAAGGUGCUCGGAAAGUUCGUGGCCCGCUCGAUGCUUGACUCCCGGAUCAUCGACAUUUCAUUCAACCCAGCGUUCUUCCGUAUCGCAGAUACUCUGUCUUCGGUGGCACCAUCUCUGGGGACUGUCAAGCUGGUGGAUCAUGACCUGGCGAAGUCCCUGAUUAUGCUCAAGGAAUUCGUCAAUGCCAAAAACGCCAUUGAGGCAAACAAGUCACUUUCGCCAGCCAGCCAAUCCGAGGCUGUGCAAAAUAUCACGGUCCAUGGCGCCCGUGUUGAUGACCUGGGUUUGGACUUCACCCUGCCUGGAUAUCCUUCUAUUGAGUUGAUCCCUGGCGGUGCCGAUGUGCCUUUAACAAUCGAAAAUGUUGACACUUACAUCGAACGGGUGAUCGACAUGACCUUGGGCAACGGUGUCAGGCGUCAGGUGGAUGCCUUCCGGACUGGGUUCUCACAAGUCUUCCCCUUCUCCUCCCUUCGUGCCUUCACUCCAAGUGAGCUUGUCAUGCUUUUCGGACAAGCGGAGGAGGAUUGGUCUAUCGAGACCUUAAUGGACUCCAUCAAGGCUGAUCACGGGUUCAACAUGGACAGUCGGAGUGUGCGCAACCUGUUGCAGACUAUGAGCGAGAUGGACAAUCAGCAACGCCGAGACUUCCUUCAGUUUGUCACUGGUAGUCCCAAGCUCCCCAUUGGAGGUUUCAAGAGUCUCACACCGAUCUUCACUGUUGUGUGUCGCCCUAGUGAACAUCCAUAUACACCAGACGACUAUCUUCCCAGUGUAAUGACCUGCGUCAACUACCUGAAGUUGCCAGAUUAUAGUGAUUUGGACGUUCUGAAGAAGCGCCUCUCCGUCGCCAUCAAGGAAGGCCAAGGAGCUUUCCAUCUGUCCUAG